AUGACCACCAGUCCAAGAUUAUCAACCAAACGAGAAUCAACACCACCAUCCGUCUCCGAUCCAGCCCUGCUUCAUAUCCACGAUCGUUUGCAUCAAAUAGAUGCCAAAGUAGUCGAUCUCCGUUCCUCCAUCUUGACCCCUGAUGAAUAUGUCGACCGACGAAACCGCCAGGAUGAGUUCAUCCGGCGAGAGUUUGACGGGCAACGCCAGGUUUGCAGCCGUAUCGAGCUGAACGUGGGAAGGACAAAGAAUGACGUUACCCAACUAAAGGACGGGUUAACCCAGUUGAAGUCGGAAAUGCUACAGCUCAGGACUCAUGUCUCCCAACUUGGUUCAAAAGAAGCAUAUCUCCAGAGCGAUAUCACCCAACUCCAAAGCGACGUCAACCAACUCCAGCUCGACGUCCAAAAACUUCACACCGAUGUUUGUGCUACCCGUACCGACCUCAGCCAAAUCCAGACUAUUGUGAGCCAGCUUCGCAUCGAUUUAAUGACUCUGCAAAGGGAAACCUCCCAGAACUUCGGACUCGUUUUCUCUCGAUUCUCUGCCAUGGAAUCGAGGAUGAAGCACAUGGAACGCACACGAUUCAACUCUCUCGCCCAGACGAUACAUGCUCCCAUUACUCCAGUCCCACUUGUCGAAGAUGACGGCUCUGUUCGUUGGCCCGAAUAUUUCCCUCGAACAGUUUGGAAGUUUUGGUGCUUGAAGAAAAGAAAUAGAAUUCAUCGACUGGUCGAGCUUGCAGAUUUUUACGAGCUGGAAGGGUAUCAAUAUUGGGGCAGAAUGCCUCAUGCUCACGAUUCUACUUUUGCCACCGAUGGAAAUAUGAGCGAUUCAAGCGACUCGAGUGACCUUCCAUCAGACCUCACACGCGCAGAGGCGGCCCGACAAUACCCAGAGGCUUGCCAUCAAGCAUUAGCUGCUACUCUCGGUCUCGUCUACUACAAAAUUCGGAAUGAAGUUGGCGAGGGUCCUCUUGGGCAUCACGUUUCAGCUGCACACAAACGCAUGCAGGAUGAGGUCACAUCAAUUAAUUCCUCGUCAAAGCAAAAGCCAGCCAAACUCUCCCGCCGCUCCAACGAGAGCUCACCAACCAACUUACACCGGAUCCACAUCGGCCCUGCCCUCGAUGCAAAGUCCAUCGAUUCUGAAGGUCUAGAUAGGCUGGGUUGGAAUGUUCACGGGUCGCAGAUGUCCGAUGACACGAUGAGUAAACUAAAAGGGAUUGUAUCCGACGAAGUCAACUCUAUCCUGCUCCACGCAUUGGAACGGGGUCGGAUUCGGCUGCAGCCCGGUGCCCUCGAACCUCCCCAGCAAUCGCCCACUAACUUUUCCAGGCUCAACAUUCGUUCCAGGCCAAACUUCUAUGAAUCCUCAGGCACACACGAUGACGAAAUGGUUACCGUUUCCAACACUGUUCCAACCGAAAUCAUCUCACCACGUUCUCCCGACGAAGGUCGGCAGUGGAUUCCAGGACGCAUGUCGGAAACUCCUAGCCCGUAG